CACAGGCUCCGCCUCGCUCCCCGUGCGCGGAGAGCUCCAUAUCCGGGUUCCCGCCGCUGCUGCCGCCGCCGCCGCAGCCACCGCCUCGCUCAUUCAGCUUUGCGGGGAGUGUUGUGAUUCCCGACCAAAAUGGCGGCUGUAGGACGAGUCAAUUCCUACGGCUCUUCUCCGCCGGGAUUAGCCUCGACUUACACUGGCGGCUCCUUGGCCAACGAGCUAACAUCGGGCAACGGUGGCGCUGCAGCAGGCGACGACGAGGACGGGCAGAACCUUUGGUCCUGCAUCCUCAGCGAGGUCUCCACCCGCUCGCGAUCCAAGCUUCCCGCGGGGAAGAACGUACUGCUGCUGGGUGAAGAUGGAGCUGGGAAAACAAGCUUAAUAAGAAAAAUUCAGGGAAUAGAGGAGUACAAAAAAGGAAGAGGAUUGGAAUAUUUGUAUUUAAAUGUUCACGAUGAAGACAGGGACGAUCAAACAAGAUGCAAUGUGUGGAUUUUAGAUGGAGAUUUGUAUCACAAAGGCCUCCUUAAGUUCUCACUGGAUGCCCUCUCCCUGAAGGACACUCUAGUUAUGCUGGUUGUUGAUAUGUCAAAGCCUUGGACUGCUUUGGAUUCUUUACAGAAGUGGGCAAGUGUCAUUAGAGAACAUAUCGACAAACUGAAAAUUCCUCCCGAAGAAAUGAAAGAAAUGGAACAAAAGUUGAUUAGAGACUUUCAAGAAUAUGUAGAGCCAGGAGAAGAUUUCCCAGCUUCUCCUCAGAGAAGAAACACCAUGUCACAGGAAGACAAAGGCGACAGUGUGGUUUUACCUCUGGGUGCGGACACACUGACACAUAACUUGGGCAUUCCAGUACUAGUAGUUUGCACAAAGUGUGAUGCCAUUAGUGUAUUGGAGAAAGAACAUGAUUACAAAGAUGAACAUUUUGAUUUUAUUCAGUCACACAUCCGGAAGUUUUGUUUACAGUAUGGUGCAGCACUUAUUUACACUUCCGUAAAAGAAAACAAAAAUAUAGAUUUAGUAUAUAAAUACAUCGUUCAGAAACUGUAUGGAUUUCCAUAUAAGAAUCCUGCUGUUGUUGUGGAAAAAGAUGCAGUAUUUAUUCCAGCAGGGUGGGAUAAUGAUAAGAAAAUAGGAAUAUUACAUGAAAAUUUUCAAACAUUAAAAGCAGAAGAUAACUUUGAAGACAUUAUAACUAAACCACCAGUUCGAAAGUUUGUGCAUGAGAAGGAAAUUAUGGCCGAAGACGACCAAGUGUUUCUUAUGAAGCUACAGACCCUUUUAGCAAAGCAACCACCAACUGCAGCUGGAAGGCCUGUGGACUCCUCACCGAGAGUCCCAGGAGGCUCCCCUCGAACACCGAACAGAUCAGUGUCAUCCAAUGUCGCCAGUGUGUCACCCAUCCCUGCCGGGUCAAAAAAGAUUGAUCCGAACAUGAAAGCUGGAGCUACAAGUGAAGGUGUGCUGGCAAAUUUCUUCAAUAGUUUGCUGAGCAAAAAGACCGGCUCUCCAGGAGGCCCGGGUGUCGGCGGGGGCAGCCCGGGAGCUGGGGCUGGAGGCGGAAGCAGUGGUUUACCGCCAUCCGCCAAAAAGUCAGGCCAGAAGCCUGUCCUGUCAGAUGUUCACGCGGAACUGGACAGAAUUACACGGAAACCAGUUACGGUUUCUCCUACAACACCGACAUCGCCUACGGAAGGAGAAGCUUCUUGAAGAUACCAAAUAAAGCCAUUUCUUCAGUUUUCUGGGAUAAUGUAAACUUGCCUCUGCCUUUUCCUUCAAGAGUGGAAUUAGGGAGCUGGAGUGCUUUUUCAGAUGGACUAAAUUUGUCUCU